AUGAGUUAUAGAAAUUCGGGUUCAGAGCGCUCUAAAAUUAGAGUCAAAGUUCCAAGAAAGAAGUAUGAUGAAAAUGGAAACGAAAUACCUCAUGUUCACCAUCAUCACUCAGAAAAUGAAAAAAUUGUAAAGCACUCUGAUGGCAGAAUUUCAAGAAAGACAGAAACAUCCACAUACGAUACAGGAAUUACCGUAGAUCCGAUGACUACAAGUGAUAUUACAUAUGAAAUGUUUGAUAAAAUGAAUCAAAAGCCAAAAGAAAAGCCAACUAAAGUUUCACAUCAAAGAUAUACUCGCGAUAGAACCAAAGUCAAUACAGUAGGUAAAAUUAAGCAUUUUCAAUAUGAUUCAUCGGAUGAAGAUAAAUUAUUUACUCAAUUAGAUCCAGAUUAUGAAGCACCAGUUAUUAAAUAUAACAACAUAUUCGUUGGGAAAGGUCAAUUUGAUACUGUUACUACUUCCUCUGCAUCCACAAUUGAAUCAGCAGCUUCAACUCAAGAAGUUGUUUCAAGAGACCUUAGCACACCAUCACCAGACCAAACGAAAGAACCUCGCACAUCCCAAUCCUUUACAAGUUUCAUUGGUGCAGAAAAUGCACAAAUUACUCAAUUUACUUCUCUUCCUGAUGAUUCAGAUAAUCCUAGACCACGUGCUUUCGAUAAAUCAGAUCCAUUUAAGGUUGUUGAUGACAGAGAUACGAAACUUCUUUAUCCAGAAGGAAGAGGAAUUCCAACUCAUUCAUUUGACUCUUCUCAAUACGAAGAUCCAUUUAACUGGCUUUAUAAAGGCCGUGUAACAUCAUUAAAUGAUAUAAAUAAUGAUAAUGCAGAUGAUAAUACUUCAAAUAACAGUGGAUCGUUCCUUGGUGAUGCUUAUAUCAAAGGAAAUGCAUUUUCACCACGAAAGUCAUCAUCUUCAUCUCGUUCUGUUAAAGAAAAACAAAGAUCAGAAUCAAAUACAACAACUUCAACGACUGAAGACGUUUCUAAUGAGUAUUUGAACUAUAAUGGUAAUCUCCAAUCCGUGAGUAGUAAUAUGGAGUCAUUACAUUCACCAGAACCCAAACAAAGAAAUCAAAAUGUUGAUCAGAAACUUGUUUCAAUGACAACUGUAUCUGAACUUAUUUCUGCAACACAAGGAAGUGCUGACUACGUUGAAGCAACGAGAUCUGAUGAUAAAAGAGCAGAAAAAUACGUUGAAGCCACGAAAUCCAUGGAUUCUCAUGUUGAAAUGCCUGAUGAUGAACUCGAAGAGGAAGAUGAGGAAGAAGAUGACUAUGAGGAUGAGGAAGAAGACGAUGAAGAAGAUUUUGAAGAAGAAGAUACAAUGAGAGAUGAAGAAAUUUAA